AUGGCACACAGGAAGUAUGAGUGCUACUGGGGGGCUAAACCAGCCUACUUUGCAUUAAAUACCACCAUCAACACCAGUGAGAUCUUCAGCACUCCUGAGAAACCUUCCAAGUACAGCAUCAUGAUCAUCUCCGUGCUUUUGGUAGUCACCAUGCUACCAUAUCUGAGCGUUCCAGCAUCUGUGCAAGUGGGUAUAGUGAACGGCACAGAAGCCAAACCUCAUUCAAGACCCUACAUGGUUUCGAUUCAAAGAAAUAAAAAACACAUAUGUGGUGGCUUCCUUGUGUCUGAACAAUUUGUCAUGACAGCUGCGCACUGCUUCCAAAACGGAGAGAAGCUGGCAGUUGUGGUUGGAGCUCAUGAUUACACUCAUGGCUCUGGUCGCAUGGGUGUGAAAUUCUACCACAUCCAUCCUGGGUAUGAGUCUAAAAGUCUGCUAAAUGACAUCAUGCUACUUCAGCUAUAUGGAAAAGUCAAAAAGAGCAAGAACGUCAACUGGAUCUCCAUACCAAAGAAAGAUAAGGACAUCAAGGCCAAGGUCAAAUGCAGUGUUGCAGGAUGGGGGAAGAAAAACGACAGUGAUACAGCAAGUGCUAAGCUUAUGGAGGUGGACGUCACUAUCAUUGACAAAAAAAAAUGUCAGAAGUACUGGGAAAAAGAUUACUCCACCUCACGUAUGGUGUGUGCAGGUGGUCGUGGAGGAUUUUGCCAGGGGGAUUCUGGAGGACCUUUGGUGUGCAAUAAUGUCGCAGUCGGUGUCGUUUCAUUCUAUGAGAAAAACAACUGUGACUCACCUAAUCGACCGAAUGUCUACACCAAGAUUUCCAAAUUUCUAAAAUGGAUAAAUGCUAUUCUUGAAGGUGUGAAGUAA